AUGGCUAAACAUCUACGCAAAGAAUGUAGCACCUGUCCAAAAAAGGUGAUUGACCAAUUAAACUCCAUGUAUGCUACUAACACAAGAGAGGAACUAAAUCAAUCAUCUGACCAUGGAUCAACAGACAACUCUUUCGUGGUCGAAGAAGUUGAUGAUAAUAGUAGCAGUAUUCCUUCAACUCCUGAUGAUUCGACGGAGAAUCCAAAUCGUUCUGAUCAGAUCUCAAGUACGCCUAAAUCACCCAAGUGUUCGUCCAAUUCUAUGAGUAAAUUUUAUGAUUCUAUGACUGAAAAAGAAGAAAAGAAUCUCAAUAAUUUAUUGGCACUAGCUAUUUACUCAUCAGGUACGCCAUUCAGUAUAACUGAAAACACUUAUUGGCAAAAAUUUUUUAAUGCUAUUCGUCCAUCUUUUAAAUUGCCACCAAGACGUAAAAUUUCCAAUAUUUUACUUGAUUCUACUUAUGAAAAAGUUAAAGGUCAAGUUGAUGAAAAAAUAAUAUCUGCUCGCACUGUCGGUAUGCAAUGUGAUUCAUGGUCAAACAUACGAAAUGAGUGCAUUAUGAAUUUUAUUGUUACAACACCAACACCCGUAUUCUUUAAAACUUUGACUACAUCCAGCGCACCUAAGUCAGCAAUUAAUUGUUCGAGGAAGAUGAUGGAAGUAAUUGAAGCAAUUGGUCCACAAAAAAUUAUGGGUAUUUGCACGGACAAUGAGCCAGUCAUGAGAUGCACUUGGGAAAUUUUAGAUGAGCAAUAUGAGGAACAGAGUAUUUUAUUUUACGGUUGUACUGCUCACAUUCUUAACUUAUUAGUCAAAGACAUAGCUAAUAUACCUUCGGUCAGCGAAUGCGUGCAGAAUUCAACUUCUAUUAUUAAAGAAAUUAAAAAAAGUCAUGUUCUCAGCGCUCUCUUCGUCCAAGCUCAAAAUCAAAACUCGAACAACGAGAAAUGUACUUUAAAACUACCAAUUAAAACUAGGUUCGGCUAUUUGCUUCACUGCUUGGAGAGUCUUUUGAAAAAUAAAAAUAAUUUAGAAUUAUUGGCUGUUAUGCCAGAUGCUCAAAAAUAUUUGAGCAUAGCGACGAGGAAUAAUAUUCUUAAUAAUGAGUACUGGAUUCGAGUGACAAAAAUCAAUGAGUUAAUUAAACCUAUCGUGCAAUGGAUUUUUUAUUUAGAAUGA